AUGGACUCAGUUUGGAUGGACGAUACAAAACCAGCAUUGAAACAGAACGAAGUAGUGGGCGGCGGUGGGAACAAUCCUGUGAUAGGCCUGGCAGCUCGUCGGUCAGCAUUACUUCCGAAGCUGUGUCCCCCGAACGCCAGGGAGAACUUCGACUCAAUCGAUACGGACCAGAACCCUGUCAAGUCGGACAUAAUUUUCGACUUUAAAUAUGGCGACUGUGGCUCAUUUCUGCAAGAGCUGUCUGAACUUUAUUCGUACUCGGAACUGGAAAAUUUUUUGGGCAACCAGAAAUGUUACGAGCGUUGCGCCGAGCUUCUGAAGAUUGCCAGUUGGACGACCGCCAGUGAGAACGAGAGGAGCAACUUCGUUCACUUCAUGUUACAAGAGAUGGAGCGGGUGGAAGUUGAGCAGAGACUCACUUCCAUUCGCUGCUUCCUCUACUUGCUACAGGGAAACUUUGCCGAGUGCGAUACCAAGGAGCAGGUGUUUAGGAACAUCUGCGUCAACGCGUUCCUCCUCUACCGUUGUGGUUUGUGGCCAUCGCUGUGCAUGCUAUUGCGGUUAGAGCUCGAUGCUGACGCAAAGCCUCCAGACCCAGAUGCCGUUGUUGGUCGGUGUAUAGAGGACAGUCUUACUAUUCGCCUGAUUCUGGCCUCCAUGUACACUAUGUUGGAGGCGAUCCGCAGAUCAGAAGAAAUUAAGGAAGUUUUCCCUGAAGAAGCCAGUGUGGUGGACCAGGCAGAUUGUAAAGCGUCGUUUAUCGCUGAACUCAGUCUCCCUCUGUUCGGAAGCGAGAGUCUGCUCUCUGAUCUACUACUCGAAAUGAUCACGAAGUAUUGUUCGGGCGCAGCUCCGCAUUAUCCAAUGCGAAAAGUGCUGCUGCUGACAUGGAAAGUUGUGUUGGCUACUUGCGGCGGCUGGAGCGAGCUUCGAGCACUUAAAGAGCAACGGCGGAAGGAGUUCGGCCUGUCGUCAUGCGAAGAUACGAUCGCCGUCGCAUCUACGAUGCAGCCGGUUUCCGUUCAGAUAUUUAGGCACAUCACCGACGGCGAAGACGUAACUAGCGAUGAUGCACAGGAUGUUGGAGGCGCGACGACUGUCUCAGCGGCCGAGAGCGAAGUUUACGAGGCUGACAAUAGCAGCGUCGUUUCGGUUACUUCGGCCACUGGACCAGAGGCGACGAAGGAAACGAACCUGACGAAGAAGGGGUUGCCGUGGCGACCGAAGAUUCGUCAGUCAGAUGUGUACGCGUUCUUGGAGUCAAUGCGAGCCAAAUACUUUGGCUUCAGACUAGAGUCAGCGUCGAUGAUCACCGCCGGACUACCAGAGCCGAUCCUUGAGUGUUUGGCUGCAUUGCAGAAGCAUGUUUACACGUCACUGGGCGAGUUGCAGAUCGAGAAGGAGGCGCGAUUGAGAAAGUUAUUCUUCACGGAGAAGGAUGAGUUGAAUUUGAACAUGGCCGCUGAACCGUUAUACCAGACACUGUUACGGUUGACACCUCAGCUGGUUAUCGGCCUGCUGAAGAUCUUGUUGGCAGCCGCACCAUCGUCGAAGGGGAAGACGGAUGUCGUCAAUCUUAUGUACGAGGUGCUGCCUCGUGGAGUGGACGAUACGCCGCCAUCGUCAGCCAACGCCGACUCGACCGAUAUGCUUAAAUUGAACGUGGACAUCAGUCGCCAGAAGGAAAUCAUAUCGAAGGCAGUGUCUAGUUUGUUGUUGUUAUUGCUCAAACACUUCAAGCUAAACCACGUCUACCAGUUUGAAUACCUCGGUCAAAAUUUGGUGUUCGCUAAUUGCAUCCCUCUGAUCCUCAAGUUCUUCGAUCAGAAUAUUCUGCUCUACGUUCGAUCCGAAAACGAGCUGUCGAAGUUAGCGUUUCCGAACGCCGUACUGCACCAUGGAAAGUACGGCCGUUGGCCGGACGCCCUGUUCUUCAAACCCAGCGCAAAUGAGGAAGAUGACAGUAAGGACGAGGAUCGGCAAGAGAUUGCUUCUGAGAUGCCUGACGUUACACCGCAAGCUUCGCAAUCUCCGGAAACGUCUUACUUCCUCUGGCGUAAUCUGUCAACGGCCGUUAAUCUGCUGCGUAUCAUGAACAAGCUGACCAAGUGGAAACCGGCUCGCACGAUGACCCUCGUGGUGUUUAAGUCAGCGCCGAUCCUCAAGCGAGCUCUGAAGGUAAAACACGCCGUACUGCAACUAUACGCUCUAAAGCUGCUCAAGAUGCAAGCGAAGUACCUCGGCCGACAGUGGCGCAAAACCAACAUGGAAAUCAUGUCGGCGAUAUACAGCAGGGUUCGACACAGGCACGUAACUCUCUUCGCUAACCUGAUAUGUUUUAAUGGCUUAUUGACAAAUCCUCUGAUUAAAUUACACCACAUUUGCACAUUGGUAGUAGAAAAGGCAUUGCUGAUUGAUGACUGGGCGUUCGGAAACGAAACUCAGGCGAAACCGUGGGAGUAUCAAAGUGAUGAGUCGACGUUGAUGAACGAAAUCGAAGAGUUCAACAACCGUCGGUACAAAUGGGGUAGCAGAGCGACUGGCUUCAGCAGGUCGAAUUUCGAGUUGGAAUCGUUUAGUGCCAAAGAUUUCGAACCCUACGAUCACAACGUCAUCUCGGUCUUGGGCACCACCGUACAGUUCACCGACCGCUACAAGCGCAAUUACGCGAAAUGGCUCGACAAUGACGUGUUCAAAAUUGCCAUCGACUGGGACAAACUAUUGAACACGGACAUGAUAUCUUGA